AUGACAAAGAAAAAAAUUCGACGGGUGCAUCACAUUAGUAUUCCGAAGAAACCAGUUUUCAAACUUUCUUUCUUUCUUUUACUUCUUACCAUUUUUCAUUUAGAAUACUAUGAGAUCAAUAACAUUCCUUUGAAAACCCAUCUAUCGUCCAUUACUAUUAUUCCCUUUUAUCAUUUCCUUCUAUCAUUACCUUUUAUCGUUUCUUCAAUCAUUCCCUUCUUAUCGUUCCUUCUAUCAUUUCCUUCUAUCAUUUCGUUCUAUCAUUCCCUUUUAUCGAUCCUUCUCUAUGUUUCCCUUCUAUCAUCCCCUUAUAUCGUUCCUUCUAUGAUCCCCUUUUAUCGUUCGUUCUCUCAUUCCCUUCAAUCGAUCCUUCUAUCACUCCCUUUUAUCAUGUCCUUCUAUCAUUUCCCGCUAUCGUUCCUUCUAUCGUUCUCUUCUAUCAUUUCCUCUCAUCAUUCCUUCUAUAAUUCCUUUCUCUCAUUUCCUUCUAUAGUUACUUCUAUAAUUUCUUUCUAUCGUUUCUCCUAUCAUUCUCAUUUAACAUUUCCUUAUAUACUUCCUUCUAUCAAACCCUCCGAUCAUUCCGUUUUGUCGUUUCAUCUAUCAUUCCCUUUUAUCAUUUUCCUUUAUCGUUCCUUCUAUCAUUCUUUCCUAUCAUUCCCUUUUAACGCCCCUUCUAUCAUUCCCUUCUGUCGGGCUUUUUAUCAUUCCCUUCUAUCAAUCCCAUGUAUCAUUUCCUUCUAUUGUUCCUUCUAUCAUUCUCUUUUAUCAUUCCCUUUUAUCGAUCCUUCUAUCAUGCCGUACUAUCGUUCCUUCCAUAAUUCCCUUCUAUCAUCGUUCACUUUUAUCGUUCCUUCUGUCAUGCCCUUCUAUCAUUCUUUCUAUCAUUCCCUUCUAACUUUUCCUUCUAUCAUUCACCAUCUGUCAUUCCCUUUUAUCGUUUCUUCUAUCAUUCCCUUCUAUCAUUCGUUCUAUCAUUCCCUUCUACCAUUCCCAUCAAUAGUCCCUUCUAUCAUUUCAUUCAAUUAUUUCCUUUUAUCGUUCCUUCUGUCAUUCCUUCAUUCAUUCCUUUUACCUUCCUUUUAUCUUUCACUUCUAUCAUUAGUUUCUAUUGUUCUUUCUAUCUUUCCCUAUUAUCAUUUCUAUCUAUCAUUCCCUUCUAUCAUUUCCUUCUAUCAUUCCCUUCUAUCAUUCCUUUUAUCAUUUCUUUUAUCAUUACCUUUUAUCGUUCCUUCAAUCAUUCCCUUCUCUCAUUCGUUCUAUCAUUCCCUUCUAUUUUUUCUUCUGCUAUUCCCUUCAAUAUUUUCCUUCCAUCGUUCCUUGUGUCAUUACUUCAUUCAUUCCUUUUACCGUACCUUCUAUCUUUCCCUUUUAUCAUUCUCUUCUAUCAUUCCCUUUAGUCAUUUUCCUCUAACGUUCGUUCUAUCGGUCUAUUCUAUCAUUUUCUUUUAUCCUUUCUUCUAUCAUUGCUUUUUAUCACUUUCUCCUAUACUUUCUUCUAUUCUUCCUUCGAUCAUUUCUUUCUAUAAGAUCUUUCUAUUAUUCCCUGCUAUUAUUGCCAUCUAUCAUUUCCUUCUAUCGUUCUUUCUAUCAUUGUAUUUUAUCAUUCCCUUUUAUCGUUUCUUCUAUCAUUCCGUAAUAUCGUUCGUUCUAUCAUUCCCUUCUAUCAUUUUCUUGUGUCGUUCUUUCUAUCAUUCACUUUUAUCAUUCCUUCUAUCAUUCCUUUCUAACCUUUCCUAUAUAUCAUGCCCUUCUGUCAUUUCCUUUAUCAUUCCUUCUAUAAUUCCCUUCUAUCAUUCGUUCUAUCAUUCCCUUCUACCAUUCCAUUCUAUCUUUCCUUCUAUCAUUUCUUUUAUGAUUUCCUUCUAUCGUUCUUCUCUCAUUCCUUUUAUUCAUUCCUUUUAUCGUUCCUUAUCUUUCCCUCCUAUCAUUCCCUUUUAUCGUUCCUUCUAUUAA